AUCCAGACCGAGGACUUUGCCACAUGCAUCGGAUAUUGACAAGCAUCCACAUUGACCCUGCAAAGAUUGUCCCGUGGGCUUGGUCUGCCCCACUAAAUUUUGUGAAUGAAUCCCCACCAUGAUCGUCCCCCGCUUCAAGGAACAACGCACGAAAGCUUGAAUAUCCUCUUUCUUGGAGCAGUCCGCAGGUCUUCGAGAGGCGCAAGUGGAACCAUCGAUCAUGCCUUGAAUCUCACGCUCCUACGGUCAACGUGCCACGAACGGCCAACACGCCCAUAUUCAACCCAUCAACGCCUGAGCACAGUCAGACACACCGAACACCCGCCACUCAUCUCGUCGACGACUCUAUAGCCAUCAUGGCAUACACAAAAAAUUACUACCACGUUCUCGGCCUUAGUGUGCCCAGCCCGGGGUCUCCGGGCCCAAGAUCGAAGACCUCAGACUUGAGAAGGGCAUACAGGAACGCACUGCUCGCUGCGCAUCCGGACAAGAAGGGCGCAUCGACCGCGAAGGGGGACGGAACGUACAGCGUAGACGAUGUCAAGGAAGCGUAUAUGGUGCUCGACGACCCGAAGCAGAGGGCAGACUACGACAACUGGGCCUUAAGGAAUCCGCACGUCCUGUCCACCGGCACAGGCACAAGCGCCGACAAGAGCGGUGGAGGGCAGAUCUUGAGCCAGGACUUCAUCCUCGGGCUCGAGUUGCUGGAUCUGAGUGACUUUGAAGAGCAGGACGAGGACGCUGCAGAGGGCGAGUGGACCAGAGCGUGUCGGUGUGGGGAUGAGAAAGGGUUUAGGAUUUUGGAGGACGAUCUGGAAGAUGCUGCGGGGAGGGGCGAGAAGGAGGUUCUCGUCGGUUGUGGCGGGUGCAGUUUGUGGGUUAGAGUUGCGUUUGAUGUUGAGGAGAGCUGAUACUGGGGAUCGCGAAACGGGGCUUUGUUGACGAAGUAGAAGGAGAUGGUACUAUGAGAUACCCCAUAUGUUUUCAAGCGCAGCCAUGAUAAUAUCAGCGGUUCGAUAGAUACGUUUCGCCCUAUCAAUGACGCACUCUGGUCAUUGUAGAAGAGUUCAGAUCAGCGGACGGAGUGAGUGAUGUUUAAUUCGAGCUUCGGUGUCAUGCAUCGACUCAUUCUUAUCAUCAAGGACUGACUCGUCAUCCUGUCAAAAUCAACCUUGGCUAGCAUAUGUUCUGGAACAGAGUAUCUGUCGUUCUACUGAGCAUAUUCACAGGGCUGUAAUUGG